AUGGUGAACGCUACCGAGGAGCCCAAGGAGACGGCCCUGUCGCACACGCCUCGUACGCCGCCGCUCUCCGCCGCCCUGGGUGCCUUUGCUGAUCCCUCAUCUCAAGCCGGCGCCGCCGACGAUGCGCCCCCUGCCGAGGAUGCUGGCCUCGACCUGUCCCUCAUGAAGAAGAAGAAGAAGAAGUCCAAGAAGCCCGAGGAUGGCGAAGCCCCCGCCGAGGAUGACGACGCCCCCGCCGCCGAGGACGGCGGCCUCGACCUGACCCUCAAGAAGAAGAAGAAGAAGGUCAAGAAGGACGCCUCCGCCGACGACGACUUCGCCGCCAAGCUCAAGCAGCUCGAGGUCAAGGACACCGACGAGGCCCCCGAGGUCGAGGAGGAGACGGGCGACAUGGACGCCGGCACCGGCAUCUGGUCCCACGACGAGACCAAGGCCAUUGGCUAUACCCUCCUGCUCGACCGCUUCUUCAGCCAGCUGUCCCAGAAGAACCCCGACCACGCCCUCAGCGGCACCAAGAGCUACAAGAUCCCUCCUCCCCAGUGCAUGCGCGAAGGCAACAGGAAAACCGUCUUUGCCAACAUUGCCGACAUCUGCAAGCGCAUGAAGCGUACCGAGGAGCACUUGACCGCCUACCUGUUUGCCGAGUUGGGCACCAACGGCUCCGUUGACGGCAGCAGGAGACUGGUCAUCAAGGGCCGAUUCCAACAGAAACAGAUUGAGAACAUGGUCAGGAAAUACAUCAUCGAAUACGUCACCUGCAAGACGUGCAAGUCCCCCGACACCGAGCUCAGCAAGGGUGAGAACCGUCUCUACUUCAUCACUUGCAACAACUGCGGAUCGCGACGAAGUGUCACGGCCAUCAAGACUGGUUUCUCGGCCCAGGUCGGCAAGAGAAGAAAGAUGAAGGUCUAA